UAUAUAUAUACCCUUCUCUGAGAGCACCCGUUUUCCUCUCCGACUUGUGCUCGACACUUGACUUUCCAAUCUCACUUCACCUCCUGGAGAGGAUCAUCGCUGCACACUUACUGCAGCUUGUUGCUAUCGUUCUUUUCCCCUCCGUCUUCACUUCUUCUUUUUUGGCUCUCAGUCAUCAUGAGGAGCUUCGCAAGCCAGAAUCGUGGAGUGCACAGAAUGCACGCCUACCUCGACGUCUUCGACCAAUCUUUCCAACGCACACCCGUGCCAGAGUCCACCCCUUACCGACACUCCUCAGGCUCUUUUCACGACGCAGAGACCCCCCGCAACGUCAAUCUCUGGUCGGAUACCUCCUCCGUCUCCUCGAGUCCAACCGACAUUUCUCGCACCUCCAGCAUCUUCACAACGCACCCUGCUGCCGGCUUGAACACGCCGACCGUGUAUGCCCUCUCCGAAGCACCCUCCACCCAGCCCCACGGCCUCGACCCUUUCGACCUAUACCUCCUCCACGCCUCUCACGCCUCUCACGCCACUCCACCACCCCAAGGCGACGCAGCCCACCCCCCCUCGCCCUUCCUCCCCUGCGAAUUCUCCCGCUACACCGGCUGCCCCACGACCUUCCCGGCCGACGAGCUGGGACUGAACCAGUACAUCGACCACAUGUCCUCCCUCCACCUCCACCACAAGCUCCCGCCCCGCUGCAGCUGCUGGUGGUGCGACGACUUCCUCUUCGACGCCAACCACCCCAGCAACGGCGGCGACCGGGCCCGCAACUUCUACAACCGCAUGGCCCAUAUCCGCAACCACGUCAGCGACGCCGCCCUCUGGGGAGGCGUCGCCGGGGGCGGAGGCGGGGCCGCCGUCGCGUCGUCUCUCCUGGCCGCCGCGCUGCACCAACACCGCCGUCCGGACUUCUGGAUGCUGGACCAUCUCUGGGGCGAGCGCCUUAUUACCCGGGAGGCGUACGACAGGGAGCGGGGGAUCCGCGAGGCGCCGUGUCCGGAGGGGAUUUACCCGGCUGGGUGGCGGCCUCCUGUCCCUGAGCGGGCGAUGGGGGUGGAGGAUGACCUGCAAAAAGAGGAGAGGCGGCGGAAAAGAGCACGGGGAGACGGAAGGACGGGGAGGAGUCGGCGUGCGGGUGCGGUGGGGGGGAGGCGUGGACACAUUUGAGCUGAGGGCUGGAGUCCCCCCCUUUGCGAAGGGCUGGAAGGUGAAAAGGGGCCUUCGUUGUGUGAGCUACCUUGGCCACAGCAUACGUUGGUUGUCCCACGAGGUGGCUGAUCAGUACCACCACACAACUUGUACUUCGUAUGGCUCUGGGAGAUUCUGGGUUGGACAGCGUUGUUUAACCAUCGUUAUGUUAUGCAUGCUCUUUGGUGUCUUCUUACUUAUACUUGGACAGGCGGUACUUGGUCUUGCACUCGGAGUAUUCAGACCUGGCAGAUUUGGUUAUACGAGAACUUAUACCCCUGAAUGAUACUUAUGCCCGUAAAAACCACU